UUACUUCCAAUUGUGUAUUGCAGGGAGCAACUUGGAAGUCCUCUGUCCUGAUCUUCUCGUCUCCAUCACCCAAGCAGGAUGCAGUGGCUACCCUACCCUUGAAUCCCCGGAGAACUACAAGCUCAGCGUUUCAGGAGAGCUGAUGCUUCUCACAGCAACCAACAUCUGGGGUGCUCUCAGAGGAUUAGAGACCUUCAGCCAGCUUGCCUGGAGGGAUGAUGAUGGGACAUUCUACAUCAACAAGACAGAUGUGGUUGAUUUCCCCCGCUUCCCUCACCGAGGUCUGCUACUUGAUACAUCUCGCCAUUAUCUACCUUUAAAAAUCAUCCUGGAGACUCUGGAUGCCAUGGCAUACAACAAACUUAACGUGUUCCACUGGCACAUCGUGGAUGACCCAUCGUUUCCAUUUGAAAGCAUGGUAUUCCCAGAUCUCAGCUGGAAGGGAUCCUAUAACUCGGCCACCCACGUGUACACUGCCAGCGAUGUGAAGACGGUGAUUGAAUAUGCCCGGCUACGUGGAAUUCGAGUGAUUGCAGAAUUUGAUACUCCUGGACAUACCCUCUCUUGGGGACCAGGUGUCCCAGGCUUGUUGACUCCAUGUUACGUGUCCACAAAACCCUCCGGGACCUAUGGGCCAGUCAAUCCCAUUCUCAACUCCACUUACCAAUUCAUGGCCACGUUUUUUGCUGAAGUUAGUGCCGUCUUCCCAGAUUUCUACAUUCACCUGGGAGGAGAUGAGGUGGACUUCACCUGCUGGAGGUCUAACCCAGAUAUCCAAGCUUUCAUGCAGAAAAUGCAAUUUGGGCAAGACUAUGCCAAGUUAGAAUCCUUCUACAUCCAAAGAUUGCUGGCUAUAGUCUCAGCCUAUCACAAAGGUUACAUGGUGUGGCAAGAAGUAUUUGAUAAUGGUGUGAAGGUGAACCCUGAUACAAUCAUACACGUGUGGAAAGGGAGCCCCAUCUCCUUUCAAGAGGAGAUGUCUCGUGUCACCGAGGCCGGUUUCCGGACCCUGCUCUCCUCCCCUUGGUAUUUGAACUAUAUUUCUUAUGGGCAGGACUGGUUGACAGCAUAUCGGGUGGAACCCCUGGCCUUCAAAGGCAGCGCAGAACAAAAAAAGCUGGUCAUUGGUGGGGAAGCCUGUAUGUGGGGUGAAUACGUGGAUGCAACAAAUUUGACCCCAAGACUGUGGUAA